CUGAUCACAAAUAGGUUACACUGCCCAUCGCUGAAAUUUAUCGUGAUCAUGGAUGACUGUGAUGUGAACAUAAGGGAAACAGCGAAACAAGUCAACAUUCAACUGUUGUCGCUGACUGAACUCGAGAAGGCAGGUCGUGAACUAACCCCGAAACCAGAACUUAUCGAACCAAAACCAAGUGAUCUUUGUACGAUAUGCUAUACAUCUGGAACAACUGGAACACCGAAGGGAGCGAUGUUAACGCAUGCGAAUGUCAUUGCUGCAUCAACUUCUUACGAACAUUUUCCGAACCGAAAAUGCAACGCUGAUGUGAGUUGCAACUCAUCAUCUAAGGAAAACGCCUUCCCCAAAGCACUAGGGAUAUUUCAGAUUAAGCACAACCUCUUUUUGCAGUUCCUUCGUCUCUAUUAG